CAGCUGCUGCUGCGGCUCAUAAAUAAUAGAAACACCGACCAAUUAAAUUAAUUAAUUCAUCUAAUAAUUAUUACAGAGUGAUUGAUUUUAUUAAAGUGCACAAGUGCUUCAUAUUAAUCGUGUCUUUUUUUUAUUAAUUUAAUUCAAAUAAUUGUGACAAAAUGGCCGCCCUGUGUUCCGUGCGUUGUUUGAUCGCUUUGGCGCUGGUGGCGCUGGUUUCUUAUGUAACGAGCCAAGUCGAUGAUGGAUUCAGUCGAGCCCUGGACGACCGUUGCAAUUAUGACCAGGACUGUCGUAUGAAGAAUGUCUUCUGUGACCAGUCUCAGGGUAAAUGUGUCUGUAAAAAGGGCUUCAGGCUUACCAAGGAGAGAAACGAUUGUAUAGCUGCUGUUGGUGCUAUAUGUAUGUCAGAUCAAGAAUGUGCCAGUCUUCCCAAUUCAAGAUGCGAUAGUGGCAUUUGUGUUUGCAAAUUCAACUUUGUGCCUCAUCCAGAAGACCCAAUAUGUCUAGAACGUAAACAAUUGGGUGAACACUGCAACGUAGGCGAACAAUGUCACACAAAAUUCAACUUCAAUGCUCAUUGUGUCCGAGAAGUCUGUGUGUGCAGGGAAGAUCACCACGAAUCGAGGAACAGAACUUGCAUCCAAUCUAAAGGCUAUAACCAGAAUUGCGUUGAUGAUAUCGAAUGUUUCAUCGGAGAAGAAUACAGAGACAGGAUCAGAUGUUUCCAGAACAAGUGUCUUUGCAAACCUGAAUUUCCAGUCACUGAGGACGGAAAAUGCGGAUCCGGAGCUCCAGGCACACAAGUGUGGUCCUCGGUUAUGACAUUAGCAGUUAUGGCAUCAGUAGCAAAAAUCAUCACGAUGUAAAAGUUUAAAAAUAAGAAAUGUACAAGAAAAUAAGAAAAAGACAUUAACAAAAACAUUACAUUCGAUUUAGCUUUAAGGAAACAUCUUUUUCGAAGUCAAUAGUGGUAAAUAUAACAAUAAUUAAUAGAAAUAUGGA